AGAAAAACACAGCUCAUUUAAGGCUUCAAACUUGGAUGGGGCGGGGCACAAUUGAGCUUUUAAAGCCAACAAGCAACACGGUUGAAUAUGUCCUUAAGUUUGCACAUGAAAUUUAUGCAAUUAGUAUAUGGCACGUGCCACACCCUUCUGAUACGUGGGUCUGCCCCUGGCUGGAGGAAUGUUAUUGGUAGCUACCACAUGUUUUCUGGACACCCACUAGAAGAGAGCAAGUUGGAUUUGAUUGUAAGCCCCAGGUGAUGAUCCUAAGAGCAUCAUUAUCCCUGUAUUUUAAGGGGGUUCUUAAGCAUUAUUAGGAUUAAAUGAAAAGAAAAAACAGCAAUUAAAAGAAGAGACGUAUCUUAAAUAGGCAAUGGAAGAAACGUAUCUUGAAGACACGUGUUGGCAGAUCACUUUCUCCUUUCUUUCGUUCGUGCUCUGUCUCUCUCUCGCUCACAAUCUCCGACCCGAGAAAUCGAGGAAGAAGCGGCAGAGAUCGCAACCCGCCGCCGGAAGAAAGGUUCGUCAGUGAAGGAUAAUCCCAACCAGUCGUCUAAUCCUUCAUCUCUGCCUCCUCCUUCGCCGAUCAACGCAGGAGAAUCGGUCGUGGCGGGUACGACGGGGAAGGCGAAGAAGAAAGCCGGAGGAGCGAGGGAUUUGAGGAUUCUCAGCCCUGUCUUGUGGAGUGCGAUAAGAGCACAAUCAUCAAACUCAGGUGUUGACGAAGUUGGAGCCAUGGCUGACCUCAAAGACAAAGUGGUUCUUGUGACAGGAGCUUCCUCUGGUAUAGGAAAAGAGAUCUGUCUUGAUUUGGUCAAAGCUGGCUGUAAGAUUAUCGCAGCAGCACGUCGUGUCGACCGCCUCAACUCUCUCUGCUCCAACAUCAACAGCUUCGGUUCAACCGGAACCCAAGCCACAGCUCUCGAGCUAGACGUCGCAUCGGUGCAGCCACCAUUCGAAAAGCGGUUAAGGAAGCUUGGGAAGUAUUUGGCCUAUCUUCAGUCUGAUGUUGGCCUUAUCAUUACUUUAGUACAUUGUGAAACAUUGUUUUAUUUAAAGAAGUUGGCAAGGAAUCUCAUUGGGUUUGUUACUUCCAGAUUCUACUACGGGCAUAUCACAAUCAUCUGUUUCCUCAAACGUUUUCGUAGGGAUUAAGUAUGGAUGGUUUAUGUUAGUUGAGCUGAAGGGGCUCGAGAAAAAGAUGGCUCGAGAAAAAGAUGAUCAAGUUUAAAGAACUUUAUGUUAUUCGAUUUAGUCGAUGCUAAUUACAUUUUAAAGUAACUGUAAUUUUGUUUUACAUCUUCUUUUUUGGAUUUUUUUUUGUUUUACAUCUUGUACCAACUGUAAUUUUGUUUUACAUCUUGUACCAAUACUAAUAACAUAAACCAAG